UUUAUUUUUAUUUUUACAGGUUUUUUAUUGAGAGGAUGAACUCCAUGACCGAAAAUCGAGCAAAAGAACACGGUAGAAACUCGAAUGUAGCUGCAAAUGGAGAUUUUUCUGCACAAGUUCUAACAAGUAAUGGUGAAUUAGAAGGUAGUUCAACUCCUAAGUCCGAAAGCCCUAAGGGCGGUUUUUCUUCUCCGUUAUCUGGAGAAGAGAAGAGGAAAAUAUUGUCUGAAUCAAAAUUUCAACGAUCACUAAAAAGUCCUAUUUUAUCAGACCCUUCAACAACUUUAACACACGUCGGUAAUUACAAGUUUCAUGAGGUGUUUCAACUUAAACAAGGGCGAUACAUGGAUCUACCUCCUUCGAAAAUCUCGGAGAUGAUGAAAUCUAAUAGCUUAGAUAAUGCUCCAACUCAAUCGCUCUUAAGCGUUGUCAAUAGUAUUUUGGAUGAAAGUGUAGAGCGAAACAAUAGCGAAAUACCCCAUCGUGUGGCGUGUUUGUUAAGAAAGGUUGUGCAAGAAAUCGAAAGGCGAAUAUCAACUCAAGCAGAACAUUUGAGAACUCAAAACAAUCUUUUUAAGGCUCGCGAAGAGAAGUACCAAUCUCGAAUUAGAGUUCUUGAAGCUCUUGCAAUUGGUACUAAUGAAGAAACCGAGAAUGAGAAGAAUAAUCGCGAAGAGAAGAAGAAAGAAGAAGACGAGAGCCUAAUUCGGUUGACAAAAGAAAAGGAUCAAAGCAAUGUUGAAAUUUUAGCAUUAAAGCAAGAACUAGAAAUGACCAAAAACCAUUGUUUGGAUUUGGAAAAAGAAGCUAAGAAUUGUUCAUUUGAGCUUGAAGAAAAACUUAAAACACUUGAGAAACUCUAUGAAGAUUCGAAGAACAAAGUGAUCGAAUUAGAGUCAUUUUCGGAAACUAAAAGCCAGAGUUGGAAUAAGAAAGAACACUUUUACCAAAGAUUUAUGGAAAUUCAGUUUGGUGCAUUUCAGGACUUGAGAUUGUCUUCAAAUUCCAUUAAGCAAGAAAUUAUAAAAGCAAAAGAAAACUAUACAGAGGAAAUUAAUAACUUUGGUUUUAAGCUUAAAACAUUAGCUAAUGCAGCUCAGAAUUAUCACUCAGUUCUUGCUGAAAACCGAAAAAUAUUCAAUGAACUUCAAGAAUUAAAGGGAAACAUUAGGGUUUAUUGUCGAAUAAGGCCAUUUCUACCGGGACAAAAGGAACGAAAGACGAUUAUAGAACAUAUCGACGAAAAUGGGGAAUUAAUAGUUGCAAAUCCAUCUAAACCGGGCAAAGAUGGCCAUAGAUUGUUCAAGUUUAACAAGGUUUUUGGGCAAGCCUCAACUCAAGAGGAUGUAUUUUCUGACACACAACCAUUGAUUCGAUCAGUUUUAGACGGUUAUAAUGUAUGCAUAUUCGCCUAUGGUCAAACCGGUUCGGGGAAGACAUACACUAUGACUGGUCCUAAUGCAUCAUCAAAAGAGAAUUGGGGUGUGAACUAUCGAGCUUUAAGCGAUCUUUUCAGCAUAUCUCAGACAAGAAAAAGCUCAAUUUCAUAUGAAAUCGGUGUUCAAAUGAUUGAAAUUUACAAUGAACAAGUGAAGGAUUUGCUAUCAAAUGACAAUUCUCAAAAGAAACUUGGGAUUGUGACUCAUUAUCAACCCAAUGGAUUAGCUGUACCUGAUGCUAGUAUGCACCCAGUAAAAUCAACCUCAGAUGUUAUAGAACUCAUGGAAAUCGGGCUAAAGAAUCGAUCUGUUAGUUUUACAGCACUAAACGAAAGAAGUAGCCGAUCGCAUAGCUGUGUUACCAUUCAUGUUCGCGGCCUUGAUUCAAAGACCGGCGCCACUUUGCACGGUAAUCUUCACUUAGUAGAUCUUGCAGGAAGCGAAAGAGUAGAUCGAUCAGAAGUAACUGGAGAUAGACUUAAGGAAGCACAACACAUAAAUAAAUCAUUAUCAGCUCUUGGAGAUGUUAUUUUUGCUUUGGCACAAAAAAGUUCUCAUGUUCCAUAUCGAAAUAGCAAGCUCACUCAAGUUCUUCAAAGCUCAUUAGGAGGACAAGCAAAAACACUUAUGUUUGUGCAGCUUAAUCCAGAUGUGACUUCAUAUUCCGAAACUAUGAGUACUUUAAAAUUCGCCGAAAGGGUGUCUGGAGUUGAGCUCGGCGCUGCAAGAAGUAACAAAGAAGGAAGAGAUGUGAGGGAGUUAGUUGAGCAGGUAGCUUCUUUGAAGAACACAAUAGCUAAAAAAGAUGAAGAGAUUGAGAGGCUUCAAUUGCUCAAAGUUCAUCCAGGAACAAGCUCACUACUAAAGUACACUUCUCCAUCUUUAAAUAGAGAAUCCGAAAAGAAUGGGAAUAAUGUCCCGAAAAAAAGCAUUCGAAACUCUUCAAGUGGAAAAUCCUUAGGAGGACUAACUGAGAAAACAACUUCUUCUGAUCAUGACAACUCGUCUGAUUAUAGUGAUUCCCAACACUCGAUGGAGCAUGAUGAGAGACCUCAAAGCAUGUCUGUAGAUGAGCACAAUCGCGAUCAUGAUCAUGGUGAUGAUCAUGAUCACGAAGAUCAUCAUGGUGAUUAUGAUGAGAGAUUAAGUGACACUUCUGAUAAUGGUACUUCUAUUGGAGCAGACACUGAUGGCUCAGCUGAAAAUGUUGUUUUUGCUCAAAUUCCCAAGUCAAAUAGCUCGGAAAGGCUUGGAAGAAUUUCUCGACCAACUCAAAAAUCGGAGAACGCCAAGCCAACUUCACCAUUGUCAAAGGGCUCCCUAAAAAUUUCAACAAGUUUGAAAAAGACUUCUAGUGUUAAUACAACUCCAACUAAGUCUAGAACCAGACAAUGGCAGUAACAUUACUAACAGUUAAGCAAUUUAUUAUCUUUUU